AUGGAGGAUUUAAUGGAAUUUAUUAAUUUUAUUGAAUUUGUUGAAGAACCUACACCAAGAAGGUAUUUAAGGGAUUUGGAAAAUCCAUUAGAAUUUUUUUCGGAUUUGGAAUUUUAUAAAAGAUACAGGUUUUCCAAAGAAACAGUAGUAGAUGUUUUAUUGGACCUGAUUUCAAAUAUAGAUUAUUCGACCAAACGAGGUUUACCAAUUCCUCCGAUCCUCCAGCUUCUAAUUGCUUUAAGAUUUUAUGCAUCAUCAAAUUUCCAGAUAGUUAGUGGUGAUAUCAGAGGAAUAAACCAAGCAACUGUAUCUCGGAUAAUUAAAAGAGUUUCUAUGAGUUUGGCAAGCCAAUUCAAACAUUACAUUAAUUUUCCAAAUACAGCCGAGGAAUGGAGAUUAAUACAGGAGCAGUUUUAUAAAAUGUAUAAAAUGCCAGGCAUUGGCGGAUGCAUAGACUGCACCCAUAUUAAAAUACAGAAUCCUGGUGGGCCAGAUGGUGAAGUUUUUAGAAAUCGAAAAGGAUAUUUUUCUCUGAACGUUCAAGCUAUUUGUGGACCAUCAAUGGAAUUCCUAGAUUUGGUAGUUAGAUGGCCAGGAAGUUACCACGAUAGUUUUAUUUUUAAUGGCAGUUAUGCAAAAAAACAUUUUUCUGAAAAUACUCAUGGAGUAAAAUUGCUGGGAGACGGUGGAUAUGCAUGCAAGUCAUAUUUGUUUACACCACUGCGUAAUCCAACAACAGCUCCAGAACGCAAGUACAACAAAGCACAAAUAAGGACUAGGAACAUCAUUGAAAGAACUUUUGGACUUUGGAAAAGAAGAUUUUCAUGUUUGAGGAGAAGUCUGGCUAAUGCUCCACAGACAAUAGUUAAUAUAAUAAUCACGUGUGCAUUACUUCACAACAUGGCUCAGAAGUAUAACACACGUGAUGAUGACUCGCAUAGCGAAGAAGAAGAAGAAGAAGAAGGCGAGGACAGACUUACAUUUCCAGUGGAAGAUAUUCAAAAUAAUAUAAUUGCCGACGCUACAAGAACUGCAUACAUUUUGAGACAUUUCAAUUAA